AAAAAAAGAAAAAACAACAACCAAGAAAUGUCUCGUGAACUUACUCUCUUUGAAGCAGUUCUUGCUCUGUUCCUAACUCUGUUUUACAACUCCCAUGGCUACUUCCUGCCAACAGGAUCUGUAGGAAUCGGUUUCAACGGUUACUUCACAUUAACCAACACGACACAACACACACAUGGUCAAGCGUUCGACAACGAACCAGUUUCAUUCACAAACUCAUCAACAAACCUCACAACAUCUUUCUCCAUCAACUUCAUCUUCGCUAUCGUCCCUGAGCAUAACCACCAAGGCUCACACGGUAUGGCUUUCGUUAUCUCUCCCACAAGAGGCCUCCCCGGAGCUUCCUCCGAUCAAUACUUGGGAAUAUUCAACGAGACAACCAACGGUAAAAGCUCUAACAACGUCAUAGCUAUCGAGUUAGAUAUCCAUAAAGACCAAGAGUUUGGUGAUAUUGAUGAUAAUCAUGUUGGGAUUAACAUUAACGGUAUGAGUUCUGUUAUCUCUGCUUCUGCUGGUUACUAUGAUGAUGAAGAUGGAAGGUUUAAGAAUCUUUCUUUGAUUAGUAGAAAUGUAAUGAGGCUAUCUAUAGUUUAUAGUCAACCUGAUAAACAGCUCAAUGUUACUCUAUUCCCUGCUGAGAUCUCUGUUCCUCCUAGAAAACCGCUUUUGUCGUUAAACCAAGAUCUCUCUCCAUAUUUGCUUGAGGAAAUGUAUCUUGGAUUCACUGCUUCUACUGGUUCAGUUGGGGCAAUUCAUUACAUGAUGGGUUGGUUUAUAGAUGGAGAGAGCAGUUAUCCAAGAUUGGAGUUUGGUAAGCAACCAAACCUUCCUCCUUAUCCAAAGAAAGCUUCUCAUAAAACAAGAACCAUUUUAGCAAUCUGCUUAACCGUGUCCAUGCUUGCUGCCUUUGUCGCCUCGUGGUUUGGUUUUGUCUUUUACUUGAGACACAAGAAAGUUAAAGAGGUUCUUGAGGAAUGGGAGAUACAAUAUGGACCUCAUAGGUUUUCUUACAAGGAGCUUUACAAUGCCACAAAGGGUUUCAAGGAGAAACAACUUCUUGGGAAAGGAGGUUUUGGUCAAGUCUACAAAGGAAAUCUUCCAGGUUCUGAUGCAGAGAUCGCUGUGAAACGGACUUCUCAUGAUUCAAGACAAGGGAUGAGAGAGUUUCUAGCCGAGAUAUCCACCAUUGGUCGUCUCAGACAUCCAAAUCUAGUCAGGCUUUUGGGGUAUUGUAGGCAUAAAGAACAUCUCUACUUGGUUUAUGACUACAUGCCUAAUGGAAGUCUUGACAAGUAUCUAUACCGUAACAGUGAGAAUCAAGAACGGCUUGCUUGGGAGACACGUUUCAAUAUUAUAAAGAACAUUGCAUCUGCGUUGCUAUAUUUGCAUCAAGAAUGGGUACAAGUCAUUAUUCAUAGAGAUAUUAAACCGGCUAAUGUACUAAUCGACCAUGAGAUGAAUGCGAGGCUAGGAGAUUUUGGAUUGGCUAAGAUGUAUGAUCAGGGAUUUGAUCCGCAGACAUCUAAAGUAGCUGGAACAUUUGGGUAUAUUGCACCUGAGUUGCUAAGAACAGGAAGAGCAACUACGAGCACCGAUGUUUAUGCAUUUGGGCUGGUUAUGCUUGAAGUAGUCUGUGGUAGAAGGUUGAUAGAGAGACGUGCAGUGGAGAAAGAAGAAGUUCUUGUGGAUUGGAUACUAGAGCUUUGGGAGAAAGGAGAAGACAUUCUUGAUGCGGCUGAAGAUAACAUACGUGAGGAACAGAACAGGGGACAAGUUGAACUUGUUUUGAAGCUAGGUGUGUUGUGUUCCCAUCAAGGUGUAUCCAUUAGACCAGCGAUGAGUACUGUUAUGCAGUUUCUGAAUGGCGUUUCAGAGCUUCCGGAUAAUCUUCUUGAUGUCAUGAGGGAUGAGAAGUUGAGAGGAUUGCCUGAGACGUCAGUGGAAAUGCUACUUGGUUUGAAUUCAUCAACGAUUACACAUUCUUUAGUCUCAAAUGGACGCUAAGUACUGAAAUUUGCCAAAUAAAGGCUAUUCUUUGAAUACUAAGAAGACUAGAUGAUAACCCACGCCAUGCGCGGGAUGAGUUUUUUUAAAAUAUGUUGUAUUGAAAUAUUAUAAUUAGAAUGCAUUUUGUUAUCAAGAUUUUUUUUUACAUUUGA